UUGUGCGAGAUCUUGAAUUUGCAAUGGUUUCAACAAUACUCACGAAUGUGUAAUUUGUGCACGUCUUCCCUAAGUGUUGCUGCAUCAACGAAAAAGAGGAUUUCCGCUUAGCUUUUGUAUCUUCUCCCAAAAAUAGUUUUUGUAUGCCUUUCAGACUUAAGAAAGCGAGCUAAUCUUGCUACAUCCUGGCUGUCGAUUCAAAAGAAACUGUCAAUUUGAGGCAGUGAGACCAGUAUCUAACCUUCUAAAGAUGUCUUCUCUGGUUGCUUAUGAUGAUUCAGACUCUGAGGAAAACUCGUCAGAUCAGCAGGAAAGGAGUUCAAGUCCGGCCCAAACUGCACCUUUUGAGCAAAAUCUAAGCCCAAAUGCCCAAAUAUUACCCAAUGCUCCAAUUUCAACAGCAGACCGCAUGGUUUCUGGAUACCAGGGAGACACACGGUUCAACUGCCAUCCUCAUUCACAAUCCCAGAGUCAAAGGGACUGGAGGAGUUUUAGUAAAAGUCAAGAGAAACUUGUGGACUGUACUUCUCCAAGUUUACCAGUGACUCAUUGCAAUACACUCCCUGCGCAGGCCCCUCCCUGCAUUCAGAAAAGCUUUAGUCAUGCAUCAAAUUCAACAAAAAGGCAGCAAAAUGUCCCUUCUGAUGUCAGACCGUACAUUUCUAAAAGGCAGAGACUUUGCACUUCAGUAGAAACGGAACAGAAAGACGACCCAUCAGAGCCUGUUCACGGGAGUCAGAACAGAGAGACUCAGAUUCUCUCUAAUGUGCCAUCAAGACUGACACCUUAUCUUGGUCAGAAGCCCAGAGCAGCAAAGAUACCCAGAAGGCCUUUGAUGAGUCUUGGAGGCCACCAGGGUCCAGUCAAUACAGUGCAAUGGUGUUCCGUGCCUCAAUGUAGUCACCUCUUACUAUCUGCCUCCAUGGACAAGACUUUUAAGGUGUGGGAUGGAGCGGAGAGCGGGAGAUGCCUCAGGGUUUACACCUGCCACUCGGGAGCCGUGCGUGAUGCUUGUUGGACCCCCUGCGGGCAACAACUCCUCACUGCUUCAUUUGACAACACGGCAGCGAUCACCGAUGUAGAGACUGGUCAACAGACGGUGAAGUUGGAUAACCAGUUCAAGGUGAUGUGCGUUGCUCUGCAUCCCAGCAACCCAAGUGUCGUUGUGUGUGGAGGUUACAGUUCAGCAGUCAAGGCGUGGGACUCUCGUAGCUGCAAGGUGGUGAAAGUGUACAAAGCAGGGGUCCAGCAGACCUUGGACAUCCUCUUCCUGAAAGGUGGGGAGGAUUUCAUCACGAGUUCCGACUGUGUGAGCAGAGACUCGGCAGAUCGCACGCUCAUCGCCUGGGAUUACCAGACCACAGCCGUCCUCUCCAACCAAAUCUACCAUGAGCGUUACACUUGCCCAAGCCUGGCUCUCCACCCGCUGGAGGACACCUUCGUUGCUCAGACCAACGGGAACUACAUGGCACUUUUCUCCACCCAAAAGCCCUACAGAAUGAACAAGAGGCGGCGAUACGAAGGGCAUAAGGUGGAGGGAUAUGCUGUACAAUGUGAAUUUUCUCAGGAUGGAACCCUCCUGGUCUCGGGCAGCUCCACUGGCUCCACCCACUUCUACGACUUCCACAGCGCUCGUCUGCUGCACAGCCUGCAGGCUCACAGCAAGCCCUGCCUGUGUGUUGCUCAGCAUCCUGUCCUGCCUGCCACCGCCGCCACCUGCGACUGGGCAGGUGAAGUCAAGAUCUGGCACUGAUGGAUCCGUAAGGAGACGAGAAAGAUGGCCGCUGGACCAAAAACUCCAUUAAAACAAUGUAAACAUGACGAGCAUCUUCUCAGACACAUUUGAUGAUAACUUUUUUAUUCUUUCAAAGUUUAUUUAAGUUCAAUUAAGUUUUUUAUUGUCCUUUUGUUGAUGUUGAAUCCCUUUGUCACAGUCUGCAUUGAAUUGAAACUACAAAUUCAACAUUUACUUCAAUGCUGAAAGAAUUACUUUUUAUCUAAAGUAAAAACAUAACUCAAAUGAUUUUCUUAAUUAAAGCAUUCAUUUUCAUUUCAACAUUCUGCAUGCACAUCACUUUUUAAUGUUUUUAUCUUCUCACUGAGAGUGAUGGGAAGUUUUUCUUUCAUAUUAGCUGCUCAAAGAAAAAUGCAAAAUAAGAAGGACGUCGUUUGUCAAAGUGUUUAUAGGUUCUUCUGAAACUGAGCCACUCUGAAAUAAAGACAUAGGAAGAUCAUCUACUAAAAAAUAUAAUUAAAAAAAA